UGGCCAGCGCUCAGAAGCUGUGCUGCACCAAAACAGGCUCCCUGCAUUGGAUUUAAGGUGUUUUUUCCAGGUAUGAUGGAUGCUAGAGGACUUUGGAUGGUGCUCUGCCUUCUCUUGUUGGCACACGGCUCACCCCAGCAGAACUCGAAGAAAAGAAAUGGCAAAAAAGAAUCUGCCAUCAACUCUACAAUCGAGAAUCUGCAGAGGCAAAUUGAUGACAUUACUCAGGAUCUGACCGUGCUGAAAGAGCAGCAAGCUUUACAAACAGUUUGUCUAAAGGGCACAAAGAUCCACAGAAAGUGUUUUCUGGCCAAUCUGGUGAAACAAACCUUCCAUGCCGCCAGUGAAGACUGCAUCGCCAAAGGAGGCAGCCUAAGCACUCCUCUAACAGGAGACGAAAACGACCAUCUCUACAGCUACGUACGCCAGAGCAUCGGCCCCGAUGAACACAUCUGGCUGGGCAUUAAUGACAUGGUUACCGAUGGCCACUGGGUUGACCAAUCAGGCUCUAAUGUGCGCUUCAAAAACUGGGAGACUGAAAUCACCCAGCAGCCAGAUGGGGGAUCCAGCCAGAACUGCGCCGUCCUCUCCAUCACGGCCAACGGGAAGUGGUUCGAUGAGAACUGCAAGGCUGAGAAGGCGUCUGUGUGCGAGUUCAACAUCGUCUGA